GCCGCUGGGCGCUGUGGUUUCUGGGCACCUGGGGAAACCCAGCGCAGCCUGCCCCGGGCGCGCGUGCCCACCGCAGACGGACGUUCGGACGGUGGCGGGCUUUGCAGGGUGUUUAGAGGAGUGCGAGCCUGGCGCGCAGAGAGGGAGACUCGAACCCCUGAGCAUUCACAUUUAUCAACUAAGAAACGUGACGAUGAGCAGCCGACGGAAACGCGCUCCUCCAGUGAAGGUAGAUGAGGAGAAGCAGCAGCAGCUUUGUUGGAACAUGCUUGAGGACAGGAGGAAUGAACCACUUACCUUGACUGAUGAUGAACAGCCCUGCCUAGCUGCUGACUUAUCUCCUGCUCAGAGCGUCAGCCUAGAGUACAGUCCCCCGGAAGAAACUGCUCACGGAUGUAAGAGGAGAUGUUCGGAGGUGGUGAGCUCAGAACCAACAGAGAAAGAAGAACUUAUUGACACUGUGUCCUCCUUGCCCGUAAAACUGAAUAUUACGAUUUCUCCCUAUCACUCUGAUAAUUCUUGGAAGGCACUUUUGGGAGAAUUAACUCUUCAGCUUCUUCCUGAACACAGAUUAACUGAAAAUUUUUCUGAAAGGAGUUUUACACUGAUGAGUUCCGAAUCAGUCAAUCAGUUCCUGAUCUAUGUUCAUUCAGAAGAUGAAGAUGUAGAGAAGCAAGAAAAGGGACUUAAAGAAUCAAUCAAUUUUUGUGACAAGGGAAUUCCAGUGGAAUCAUCCUUCACUGGUGAGAUGUUAGAAGAUUUGGGAUGGCUGCAAAAAAAGAAAAGAAUAAAACUUUACCAAAGGCCAGAAGGAAAUCACAUGAUCAAGAUUGGAAUUUAUAUCCUGGAAUUUGGCCUGGCAAAAUUAGAUUUUUUCAGUGAUGCAAAUUCACGAAUGAAAAAGUUCAAUCAACUCAUGAAAAAAGUGAUGGAAAAGUUAUAUCAUUUUAUUAUCCCAGACACAGUGGGUGAUGAGGAAGAUUCGGAGAGUGAACCGGAGGGACAGGAUAUUGACGAACUGUAUCACUUUGUGAAGCAAACACAUCAACAAGAGACACAGCCUGUCCAAAUGGAUGUUCAACAUCCUGCAUUGACCCCUGUGUUGAGACCCUACCAGAGAGAUGCUGUCAACUGGAUGCUUCAGCGAGAGCACCUGGGAAGCACACCUGCUGGUGAAAAUUCCCUGCACUUUUUAUGGCGAGAAAUUGUUACAUCUGAGGGGCUGAAACUCUACUAUAAUCCAUACACAGGCUGCAUCAUCCGUGAGUUCCCGCAUUCUGGGCCCCAGUUGCUUGGUGGGAUCUUAGCAGAUGAAAUGGGUCUUGGAAAGACAGUGGAAGUUUUGGCUCUGAUUCUAGCACAUACUCGACAAGAUGUCAAACAAGAUGCUCUUACUCUUCCUGAGGGGAAAGUUGUGAAUUAUUUCAUCCCAUCAAAUUGUUUUGGAGGAAAGGCAAAAGAGACAAAAACACGGAAUGUGGAAUUUGAACCUAAGGAAAAAGUUCAUUGCCCACCAACACGUGUGAUGAUUCUGACAGCCGUGAAAGAAAUGAAUGGAAAAAAGGGUGUUUCUAUCCUUUCCAUCUACAAGUAUCUCAGUUCUAUGUAUAGAUAUGAUGUGCAGCGGAACAGAAGCCUUCUGAAGCGGAUGCUGAAAUGUUUAAUUUUCGAAGGUCUUGUGAAACAGAUCAAAGGCCAUGGUUUCUCUGGGACUUUUACAUUGGGGAAGAACUAUAAGGAAGAGGAUAUAUGUGAUAAAACAAAAAAGCAUGUAGUAGGAAGCCCAAGGAGAAUUCAGAAAGAUUCCAGAAAAUUAGGGAACAAGGACACUGAUUUUGAAUACUUGCCCUCAAACACUUCUGACGAUGGUGAUGAUCCUUACUGCUAUUAUGAUAAAGCAAGGAGAAAUUGUAGUAAACCAAGGAAAAAGCUACUCGCAGACCAAGGAAAAACUCCACCUGCUAGCAGUCCUAAUUCACAAGUUCACUGUCUAGCUACAAAUGACUCUGGGAUUGCUGAUGUUCCUAUGUCUGAGAGUGCAUGUGAAUCUGAAGUCAAACAAGAGCAUGAAUCAAAGGACCACGCUCAGCUUCUGAACACUGCUGGUGAUGAGGUGCCACAGUCUCCUCCUGAGACUCCCUACAAUACCUCUGACUAUCGCUUUGAGUGCAUAUGUGGUGAAGUUGGCCAGAUAGACCGGAAGCCUCGGGUUCAGUGCCUGAAAUGCCACCUGUGGCAACAUGCCAAGUGUGUGAACUAUGAAGAGAAAAAUCUGAAGAUUAAGCCUUUCUACUGCCCCCACUGCCUUGUUGCAAUGGACCCGGUGUCCACAAGAGCCACUCUGAUCAUCUCUCCAAGUUCCAUCUGUCACCAGUGGGUGGAUGAGAUCAACCGGCACGUCAAGUCCUCAUCCCUUCGAGUCUUGGUAUAUCAAGGAGUGAAAAAAGAUGGCUUCUUACAGCCUCAUUUCUUGGCAGAACAAGACAUAGUUAUCAUUACCUAUGAUGUCCUCCGUUCUGAACUGAACUAUGUCGAUAUCCCACAUAGCAAUAGUGAGGAUGGGCGUCGUCUGCGGAACCAGAAGCGCUAUAUGGCCAUUCCCAGCCCACUAGUGGCUGUGGAAUGGUGGAGGAUCUGCCUUGAUGAAGCUCAGAUGGUCGAGUGUCCGACAGUAAAGGCUGCAGAAAUGGCUCAGCGCCUAACUGGGAUUAACCGGUGGUGCAUCAGUGGCACUCCAGUACAGCGAGGACUGGAGGAUCUUUUUGGCCUCGUGGUGUUUCUUGGCAUUGAACCAUACUGUAUUAGACAUUGGUGGAUUCGGCUUCUCUAUCGCCCUUACUGCAAGAAGAACCCUCAGCUCCUAUACAGUUUUAUUGCCAAGAUACUGUGGAGGUCUGCAAAGAAAGAUGUGAUUGACCAAAUCCAGAUACCACCUCAGACUGAAGAAACGCACUGGCUCCACUUUUCUCCGGUGGAAAGACAUUUCUAUCACCGUCAGCACGAGGUCUGCUGCCAGGAUGCAGUGGUGAAGCUCAGGAAGAUUUCUGACUGGGCUCUGAAGCUCAGCAGCCUGGACCGAAGGACUGUUACCUCCAUUCUUUAUCCAUUGCUGAGGCUUAGGCAGGCCUGCUGCCACCCACAAGCUGUUCGCGGGGAGUUCUUGCCUCUCCAAAAAAGUACCAUGACUAUGGAGGAGCUACUGACAUCUUUGCAGAAGAAAUGCGGAACUGAGUGUGAAGAAGCACAUCGACAACUAGUGUGUGCCCUUAAUGGCUUAGCAGGCAUCCACAUCAUUAAAGGUGAGCAUGCCUUAGCGGCGGAGCUCUACAGGGAAGUACUGCGCUCAUCCGAGGAGCACAAGGAGAAACUCAAAACUGAUUCACUUCAGAGACUUCAUGCUACACAUAAUUUGAUGGAACUCUUAAUGGCCAAGCACCCAGGGAUACCUCCUACCUUGCGAGAUGGCAGACUUGAGGAAGAGGCCAAACAGCUGCGAGAGCACUACAUGACCAAGUGCAAUACAGAAGUUGCUGAAGCUCAGCAAGCCUUACAGCCUGUUCAGCAGACCAUCCGAGAGCUCCAAAGAAAGAUUCGUUCUAAUUCUCCCUGGUGGCUCAAUGUAAUCCACAGAGCAACAGAAUUUUCCAAUGAUGAAGAACUUGUACAGCGAGUGCGAAAUGAAAUAACCAGCAACUACAAACAACAAACUGACAAGCUUUCUAUGUCAGAAAAGUUCCGUGACUGCAGAGGUCUUCAGUUCUUACUUGCAACACAAAUGGAAGAGCUAAAUAAAUGCCAGAAGCUUGUAAGAGAAGCUGUUAAAAAUCUGGAGAAACCUCCGUCUCGUGAUGUUAUUGAGUCUGCAACAAUCUGCCACUUGCGACCAGCCAGACUUCCUCUCAACUGCUGUGUCUUUUGUAAAGCAGAUGAAUUGUUCACAGAGUAUGAGUCAAAGCUAUUUUAUAACACGGUCAAAGGUCAGACUGCUAUAUUUGAGGAGAUGAUUGAAGAUGAAGAAGGAUUGGUAGAUGAUCGAGCCCCUACUACCACACGGGGCCUGUGGGCCAUUAGUGAAACAGAGCGAUCCAUGAAAGCAAUACUGUCAUUUGCAAGAUCCCAUAGGUUUGAUGCUGAAUUCAUUGAUGAAGGAAGUGCUGCAAUGGAUCUCUUUGAAGCAUGGAAGAAGGAAUAUAAGUUGCUUCAUGAAUAUUGGAUGACACUAAGGAACCGUGUGUCUGCUGUUGAUGAACUUGCAAUGGCUACAGAACGACUAAGAGUGCGACAUCCCAAGGAGCCAAAGCCAAAUCCACCAGUUCAUCACAUCAUUGAACCAUUUGAGGUAGAACAAAAUCGUAUAAAACUACUGAAUGAUAAAGCUGUUGCUACAUCACAGCUUCAGAAAAAACUUGGGCAGCUUCUUUACCUAACUAAUUUGGAGAAGUCUCAAGACAAAACAUCAGGAGGUGUUAAUCCAGAACCAUGUCCUAUCUGUGCUCGACAGUUGGGAAAGCAGUGGGCAGUGCUAACCUGUGGGCACUGCUUCUGUAAUGAGUGCACGUCUAUCAUCAUCGAGCAGUACAGUGUGGGAUCUCAUAAGAGCUCCAUCAAGUGUGCUAUCUGCCGCCAGACCACAUCACACAAAGAAAUCUCCUAUGUCUUCACCUCAGAGAGAGCAAACCAGGAGGAAGAUAUCCCAGUGAAGGGCAGCCAUUCUACCAAAGUAGAAGCAGUGAUCCGAACUCUGAUGAAAAUACAGCUGCGAGACCCAGGAGCCAAAGCACUUGUUUUCUCAACGUGGCAAGAUGUGUUAGAUAUUAUCUCAAAAGCUCUCACGGACAAUAACAUGGAAUUUGCACAGAUUGGCCGGGUUAAGACAUUUCAGGAGAACUUAUCAGCAUUUAAAUAUGAUCCCCAAAUCAAUAUUUUGCUGCUGCCCCUGCACACGGGUUCUAAUGGAUUAACUAUCAUUGAAGCAACUCAUGUUCUCUUGGUGGAGCCCAUCCUGAACCCUGCUCAUGAGCUUCAGGCCAUUGGGAGGGUGCACCGGAUUGGACAGACCAAACCUACAAUUGUACACAGAUUCUUAAUUAAAGCCACAAUAGAAGAGCGAAUGCAGACAAUGCUGAAAACUGCGGAGAGAAGUCACACGAACUCAUCCGGGAAGCAUUCCGAGGCCUCUGUGCUGACUGUAGCCGAUCUGGCAGACCUGUUUACCAGAGACACUGAAGAGCUCGAGUGAACACAGUGAACGCCGUAUUAGCAAUGCUGCAGGUUUAAAUAAAAAAUUCAAUAAACACUGUUCCUUUUUUGGUUAUACACUGGCCUAGUACUUAUUAAGCCCUUUGCAGUAUGCUGUUUUCAAAAGAUCUAUAAUGAUUUUUAACUUACACUGCUAGUAAGACAUUUAUUUUUGUUCCAAAGAAUAUCUAUCUGAUGAAGCCAAGGAAAUGAAAAGAGGUUAUGGGUCUUUGGAUACUUUUCUUUUGAUAAGAUCACUUGUAAAAAGAGUUGGAAUGAGAAAAAAUAAAGUAGUUUUAUAUGACCUGCUCUACUCAAGGAAUAUAAAUCUAAUUAUGGAAGGACCAAUAGUAUCUCUAACAGACGACACAAUAUUGUGUCAGGAAUAUUAUAAGUAAAUGGCGAAGUAUAAUAACUCCUGUUUACAUAAGUUUAAACCACACCACCAUUUAUAGUAACUCUGCAGUAAUACAGCUGCUAACAUGAAUGUUAGUUACGUCUCUGCAUCCUGCUACUAAAUAUAGAGACACAACUUUUUCCUUUUCUAUUAUGUAUUAAGUAGUUAGCUAGAAAUAGCAUUUUAGAGUGUAUUAACAUCUUACAGUUAUCAACUGCUCUCUUUAUUUUAUAUGAUCUAAUAUUGAUAUAUUUGUAAAUAUUGCAGUGUUCAGGUGUUUAAUCCUAGGCAUAUGGUGGGGAAUGUUGCUUUUAUCAUUAUUGUACCGAUGUUUUGGAUUAUAUGCUUUUGCACAUUCUGUGUAGCUAGACAUUUCACUAAUACCAUAUUAUGAUAGGUUGUUGGUUCAUUUCACUCUGCUCUUACUUAAGGACUAGUAUUUGAUCUUUAGCACAAGAGAAAGUUGUGUUUUCUCAGCAAAUGAUUAUAAAAGAUUUU